CUACACAUAAAGUCGUGAGCUCUGAGAAUUUAGGAGGGGAUAAAGCAGAAAAAGAGGAGAGGGAGGAUAAAUUAAAGUCCAAGACAAGAAGAGGAGGAGGAGAAGGAGAAUAUAAUCAUAUAGAGUGCUCAUAAGGAGGGAACUCCUUAAGAGAGAGAGAGAGAGAGAGAGAGAGAGAGAGAGAGAGAGAGAGAGAGAGAGAGAGAGAGAGAGAGAGAUUCCAGCUGAUCACUGGAAAGCAGCAGCAGCAGCAGAACUCGGAUCGGCUGCAUGAGAAUCCCUCGGUGUGGUCAUGUCUGGAUUCUUUCUAUCUGUGCUGUUGCUCCUCCCGCUGGUGGCCUCUGUCCCCUCCCCCUCCAGGUCACCUCCCAAAUACUGCCGAAGAUGCUGCGAUCACCUGGAUCCGCCUGUAAGCAACUCGCCCCAACCCGUGGCCUAUCAGACGCCAGAGGUUCGCACGUUCAUUAACAUGACCAUUCUCAAAGGAGAUAAAGGUGAUCGAGGUGAGAGAGGAACUCCGGGGAAACCAGGAGCAGAAGGUUCUCCAGGUCCCAAAGGAGCCAUUGGUCCUAAAGGCAGCAAAGGGCAGGCCGGAGCUCCUGGAGACCCCUGUAAGAGCCAGAAAUCGUCCUUCUCAGUGGGCCGCCGAAAGGCCCUCCACAGCGACGACUAUUACCAGGCACUACUCUUUGACACCGUGUUUGUCAAUCUUGACGAACACUUCAACAUGUUUAAAGGCAAGUUCUACUGCUAUGUGCCGGGUAUCUACUUCUUCAACAUUAACAUCCACACAUGGAACUUUAAGGAGACCUAUCUGCACCUGAUGCAGAACGAACGCGAGCAGGUUAUCCUGUACGCACAGCCCAGUGACCGCUCCAUCAUGCAGAGCCAGAGUGUCAUGCUUUCUCUCGAGCUUAACGACGAAGUCUGGGUGCGCCUCUACAAGCGGGAGCGGGAGAAUGCCAUAUACAGCGAUGACGUUGACAUAUACAUCACCUUCAACGGCUACCUUGUGGCUCCUGCUGCAUAGAAAUGGCAUCACAGGAAUGGUUUCCCAAUACUGAGAGUGGGAAUUAUGGAUUAAGUCUUCUCUCAGGGAAAACGUGCCAAUGGAGUUCUAUGAAGAGGAAGGAAGCAGUGCCAAUUGAAUAAUUAACAAUGCAUUAGGUACAGUUAGCUAACAGAUGAUUUACAUAUUGGUGCUAAAAUAGCUGACUCACUAACAAUUUGAUUCGGUACUUUUGGUUUUAUCGGGGUUUUUUUUGCUGUUACAUAUGAUUAAUUUGGCUGCAGGGCAGCUUCAAUGGGCAAAACUAUGCAAAAUAUCAUAGAUCCGUUAAAUCUCCUCAGAAGCUUCUUCUGAGCACAGCAAUGUACAUUGUGAAAUGAAAACAGGUCACCUGUACUGUACUGUAUCUGUACUUCCAAAAAAAAAAAAAAAAAGGGGGUUGACUGGAAAAUACUCCAGACUUAUAUAAGCGUUUGGCUUGGAACAUAGUCUUUACUUAUUACCAUGUCUCUAGAGCCAGCCUGGUCUGAGUAACAGUUUUUAGUUGUUGACUUGAGGCCUUUGCUUAUACCAGCUGGCCAGGCUUUUUCAGUGCCAUUAACACCAAUACAGAGGGACAGGAGUAAAGGUGUAGCAGCAAUAAACCUAAAACCUAUUAACCUGCUAUCUUUAAAAAACAUACAAAAAAAAAUUCAGUCCAUUUUUUGCAUAAGUGCAUAAAUAAUGCAUUCAUUAGUUGACUAUCUAGAUGGUACGGGAUGAAUACGUUAGGGUUAGAUGAAUUAUAUCAUCUUAUCCCAUUGAAUUUAUACUGUUGGUGUAAUGAUGUACUGUACCAUUGGAUUUAUAUAUUUGCUGGUAUAAGUGACCAGCUUCCCUGCAGCUGGCUUUUUAUCAGUGACCAUAACUAUGUUUUCUUCCUUUUGGUGCAUUUUAGCAGGUUAUUAACAUGUCAUAGCUAAUGUCUUGUUGCUUCGGUGCCAAUAAAUUUGGCAAGUGUGACAUUUGUUUUUAAAUGAAAAAUAAUUAAAUCAAUCAAUCAAUCAAUCAAUCAAAUAAGUCGUUAGUUAAAUGUCAAGUUAAAGGAGGUAAACUAUAUUGUGUAAAUAGCCUUGUGUAAAUUACCCUUAAUGUAACUAAGUCAGUGAUUUAAUUUUUGUACCAAAGUGGUUAAAUAUCCUUGGAUUGGCAGAUUCUCUGAUUCCUAAUCUUUAAUUUUGCUAGAUUCAUAUCAUCUUAGGCAUUUUAAUGAUGAUCAUGAAAAUAGCAACUGGGCAAGAAGAGGAAAACCUGUCUAAUGCCCAACCAAAUUAGCAUUAGAGAUAUGAAAGACCACUAAACUAUGUUUGCCCAUACAAAAAAUGAUGCCUGAAAGCUUUUAAACAUGCCCCCUGUGUUGAGAUAAUGCACCAUGAGGGACUAUAAUUUGAACAUGAUUUAGCACUUAAGUAUGACAAAAAGGAGGCUUUAUCGUAAAACGACCAUAAAGCAUAUCCAACUUGCAAUCCCUUUUAAACAGUUUCGCUCAAUAAAUGUACUUUCCUUACUUUUGUGGAAAUGCUCCCUAUUACUCAUGAAUGCAUUGUGGAUUGCUCAAAAGGUACAGCUAGGAAGAAAUGAGGGACAUUGGGACAUCGAGGAAAUAAACAGAGUGGUGUAAAAGUGUCUAAAGUGAGCUGUCUUAAUACUGUGCCACUGAUAUUGAUUAUAUCUGAAAGAAAAAGAGGCCACCCAUCUGCCUCUGUAAGGAAACCCAGCUGCGUUAGAGCUGCUAUGUUUAUAGACACCAGAAACAGGAAACCAGACCAACUAUAUGUAAUCACAACCAGAUAACAAGUCAGUGACAGCGAGAGAGUAAUAAAGGACAGUGGGUGGUUCUUGCUCAAAAUAUAUAAACCACACACCACUUUAGUUUUUUUUUUUUCUCCCAUUAACCAAUAUUAGUCAGUAAUACAGCCAAAGACAGCUUAUAGAGCUUGCCAAUGAAGAACGUAGAUUAGACUUAUAUUUGCUGUUAAAGAAAUUUUUACUAUCCAAAAUGGCUUAGUUAUGGGCAGACAAAAACCACUCUUGGCUGAAGCAACACAACACUGAUGUUAUUACUCUAUAAACAAUUAAAUGAAAGGCUAUGAGCAGGUCACUCUGAGACAACGUCUACAGAAAACACCAGCCGUUUAUAUCUUUGUGCAUACAGUUCCACUGUAUAAAUGUGGUUUUAAUGGCAUUGAGGAGGUUUAUAGUGUUUGCUGAUUUUGGAUCAGUUUUCUGCAUGUAUGUGUGAGAGUCUGGGUUUUUGUUUAGUCUUGAUUUCCAGGUUGUUUUGCAGCCGUAACCUCAAAUUUAGCCCUUGCCUUUGACAACUAGUGCAAUAGCAAGUAUCUGUCAGAAACAGAUACUCUUUGUUGAGGCAUUGUCUGAGUUGUGACAGUUCUACUUACUUCACCGUGCUUCUAGAAAAUACACCUAGGUGCAUUUCUGUUGAUCCUAAAAUCAAAAACCUGAACCACAGAAAAACCUCAGAGUCAGGCUUGUCUUGGGUGGAGAUAAUACAUCACAAGGAAAUCAAUAGAACAUCAUUUCAAGUGGUCCUACAAUCAAAAACAUACCUCAGAGUGAGGCUGGUAUUAGCUGGAGUCAGCAUAUCAUUUAUUUCCAGUUAGCAUAUGAGUAAAUUUAUUUUCAGCUGAUUUUGCUAUGAUAAUUGACCCAGAACAAGGCUAGGUUUGGUCGAAGUAAGAAUGCAACAAGAAGGAUAAUAUAAAAAUUUCAGUUUCUGCCGUUUAAUCAAACCCUAGAAGAAAGACUAGUAUUGAAUUGAGUUAAUACAAGAAAAGUAAACAUUUUAUGAGAUUUUCAGGUGGAACUACGAUCAAAAGAUUCACUCUAUGUAAGACAAGUAUUAUGUGGAAUUUGUACAUGACGAGAAAAUUCCUUUUUAGUUAAUAGUACAAUCAAAACAUGCCUCAAAGCAAUGCUAGUAUUUUCUGUACUUAUGUUACAACAAAAUUUAUUUUGAAGGAGAUUUUCUUAUCAAAACAUGCCUUAGAGUGAGACUAGUAUUAGCUAUAGCUAGCAUUUAUAAUAUUUCCAGAAAAAAUUUUGCAGUCUGCAUAACGAUCCAGUUUUUGCUUGACGUUAGCAUAUCACAAGAAGGUUAAGAUAAGAUUUACAGGAGAUUCCUACUAUCCAAACACUGACCUGAAGUGAAACUAGCACUGUCUAGAGUUCGCAUUUAACAAGAAAGCCCAUUUGUGAGAUUUUCAAUUGAUCCUACUGAAAAAAAAAAUGACUCAGAGUAAGGCUAGUAUUCUCUUCAAGGCAUAGUAUAUCAGAAGAUUCAUUUCAAGGUGAUAAUACUUUUAAACAUGUCUCAGAGUUAAGUUUGUAUCAGCUGGAGUUAGCACAUCAAAAGAAAGUCUAUUUAUGAGCUAUUCAGUCGAUCCUACCAUCAAAAUGGGCUCAAAAUGUGGCAGGCACUGGGUUUCUCAUGUAACAAGAAAGUUUGUUUUUGAUAUUUUUACGAGAUUCUAGAAUCCAAAACCUGACUCAGAGCAAGGCUCAGAUUUUAAGGUUACAGUACCAUCAAAAACAUGCCUUAGCUUCAGUUAGCAUGCCAGACAAACGUUUAUUUAUGAGAUUUCCAGGUAUUUUACUAGUGAAAAGUUGACUCAGGUUAAGGCUAGUGUUGUUUGGAGUUGUUAUAUUACAAGAAAGUCAUUCUUUCAGGUUAUCAUACUGCUGGUUGUUAAACAGAUCAAACAUCUGACUGAAAGGAAAGCUUUAAUUGACUCACACAAGAAUAUUACCAUGCUAACAUUAAAGUUGGUUAGCCAUUUCAAAAUUGAGCUUAGCAAAACACGGCUCAUAUAGUUUAACCUUGCCAGCAUACUUUAUUGCUCAACCAAAAUCUGUUCCAUUCUACAUCUAAUCCAGAUGUUACUGUGGACUUUCAGAUAACUGGAAUUAAACAAGGAUGCUAGAACAAGAACACCAAACAUGGAGCACUAACCACAAAGGUUGUGGAGAAGUUCAUAUUUCUGUCCCGGUGAUUUGGCUGCUCUUUAAAAGUCGAUAAUUGAGGUACAAUUCCGCUUUCCACACUUAAGCAAUGUACAUGUCAGCUGUUGAAAUUAGAUCAUGUUUUCAAUUACAAAAAAAUGUUCAGAUAUUGCUGGGAUUUAAACACCUGGUUAUUCUUCAUGUGUUUCUGAUGCCAGGCCUAAAGAUUGGUGCUUUAUUAUAAAGGUGCUAAAUUGUAAGUUUACUAGCAAAGGUGCACUUUUUGUAUACAUGAAUAUAAAUAUGGCUUGUAUUGUGUAAAUACAUUUUUUAUAUGCCAAAUAUUACCAUUAAAAUCUGCAGCAAAGUAA